AGGAUUCAAAAUUUGAAUUUCACUGUAGGUAGAGAGAGUAUCUAAAGUAAAAAUGUGUGGCUGUAAUUAUUAUGUCCAUCUCCAGUACACAUGAAAAUGGUUUCUUGUAAUGUACGUAUGUUAAUGCUCAGCUGCAUUCUGCCGGCCUUUUAUCUACGGAGUCUGCAAUGAUUGAUCAUGAUGCCCAGGUGAAGGGAGUUAUGUUUGUGAACUUUUUGUACCCAAAAAAAACAAUUUUUUUAUCAGGUCUACGUAUAAUUUUAUAUAGAUUUCUGCUCAUGGGGCCGUUGGUUGAGCAGUCAUGGGCCUGGGUGUCCCAACUUACACUGAUGUCUGUUUGUCAGAAUGCACAAAUAUGACCGUCUUUGUGGGCUCACAGAUAAGCUUUGAAACACAGAAUUGUAUGAAGUGUCCAGUCAUAAGUUCCCCAAAUUAUAUUUUCUGCUUUCUGAAUUGAUAAGAUCUAAGACAUACCUAGUUUAUGCUAUUGGGUUCAGAAAUUUGAAGCUGAUUUUAGUGGUACUUCAGAGAUUUUCUGCUGUGAAUCUAACUCAUGCUUGACUCACUGUGUAGAUCUAGUCGCAUUCCCAUCCUCCAGAUAGAUGGUUGUUGGGGUAGCUCAGAGUGUAAAUCAGAGGUACUCAUGUUGAGCAUAAAAUGAACAGAAAUUUGGCAUAGCUCUGCUGGGUUUUGUGAGUGUUACAUAGAAUGGGGUAUUUAGUUUUACUGGAUAUUGUGGUUCUCUGCCUAUGUGCUUCUGCAAAUUUUGAGGUUGUGAAGGGAAGGACAUUUCUGUCACCCACAUCUGCACCUGUUUCUUUAUGGGCACCUAAACAAGCCCCAUUACCACCGCCUUCAUCUGGUGCUGUACAAGCAACAGGAAAUGCAGAAAGCAGGCCAGAAAAAUCAAUGGAAGGUAGUCCUGCACCGACGGAGAUACUUGAGGAAUCUCACCAUACCACCAACGUGAUACUCUUGAUAAUCAUCAUAGUGCCAGCUGUUGUUGGGUUGAUCAUGAUUUCUUCAAUUUUUAUUUGGAUGUGCAUAAAAGCGCGAAGCUCUGCUUCAUCAUCUCAAGCUAAAGCACUGGGACGGAAUGCAGAUCCAGACAUCUCAGAUGCCUACAAGAGUAUGGCACUUGGACCUCUGAUGAAUCGUUUCAACUCAUUAAGAGUUUCUAAGAGGAAGGGAUUUGCAACACCAAUUGAAUAUUCCAUUCUGCAAGCAGCUACCAAUAAUUUCAGCAGUGAUAACAUUAUUGGAGAGGGAGGUUUUGGGUGUGUAUAUAAAGCCAGGUUUGAUGAUGAUUCCUUUGCUGCUGUUAAAAAGCUGGACGAGGGCAGCAAGCAGGCAGAACAUGAAUUUCAGAAUGAAGUAGAGCUGAUGAGCAAAAUCAGGCAUCCGAAUCUUGUUUCUUUACUAGGGUUUUGCACUCAGGAAAAGACAAGGCUUCUAGUAUAUGAGCUGAUGCAAAAUGGUUCCUUGGAAGACCAACUGCACGGGCCAUUGCGUGGAUCUGCACUUACAUGGUAUUUGCGCAUGAAGAUAGCCCUUGAUUCAGCAAGAGGGCUAGAACACUUACAUGAGCACUGUCAUCCUUCAGUGAUUCAUCGUGAUUUCAAAUCAUCAAAUAUCCUGCUAGAUGCAAGUUUCAAUGCCAAGCUUUCAGACUUUGGUCUUUCAAUAACAGCUGAUGGAUGUGCUGGACAUAAUGUUGAGCUAUUAGGAACCUUUGGAUAUGUAGCACCGGAGUACCUGCUAGAAGGUAGAUUGACAGAGAAAAGUGAUGUUUAUGCAUUUGGCGUUGUUCUGUUGGAGCUCCUUAUUGGAAAAAGGCCGAUUGAUAAAUCUGAACCACAAGAAUAUCAAUCUCUUGUGUCUUGGGCCAUGCCACAGCUAAGAGAUAGGAACAAGCUUCCAAGUAUUGUGGAUCCUGUGAUUAAAGACACCAUGAACUUGAAACACCUGUAUCAAGUGGCAGCAAUAGCUGUGCUAUGUGUCCAACCUGAACCUAGCUACAGGCCAUUAAUAGCAGAUGUGGUGCACUCUCUUAUUCCUCUUGUACCAGUAGAGCUGGGAGGAACACUAAGAGUUGCUGACGCACCAAAUGCUGUAGAGAUGAAGACAUUUGAUUCUUCACAUUCUAGCACCAUAACUGCUAUGAACUCAAAAUUGUGAUGUACAUAAUUGUGGGGAAUAAGUUUUGGUUUUUGUCCCUAUUUAUAUGAGAUUGCUUUCACUGAAAGUUCAUCUGUCCUUGAGUACCUCUAGGCCAGACAAAGUUCUAUUAUGUUUUGGAUGUAUCUAAACUCGCUCCAUAUCUCAUUGGAAGAAGGAAAGUGAAGAUCUAAAUAUACAUUUUUA